CGUGAUUUCAACUUUCUAAUUCCUUUUAUUUGUUUCCAAAUUCCAAUGGGCAUGUGGCCAUUUCCUGUCUAUAAAGUUCACAAUGAAAAUCUUUCAUCCACCUCUUUACUUUCUCACCUUGAUAUUUCCCUUUAGUUUUUAACAAGAUGGUUUCUCUACAUCUCUCUUCCAUUUCUGGUUCUUUCAUCAAUUGCUAAAGGCAAAUUCAUCUUUUUCUUUUCUAAUGCUUGUAAACAUAGUGUUCCUGAUGUUUGAGACUAAUGUCUCCUGUAAUCAGUGAAAUCCUCCUUUCUGGUUUUAUGAUCAACUCUACACUUAGGCGCAGGACCCAUCUUGUUCAAUCUUUCUCUGUUGUUUUCCUUUACUGGUUCUACGUGUUUUCAUGAACUAUCAAUCCCUUUUGUGAUUGAAACCCCAUAACCAGCCCUUGUUUUCUUUAGCUUUUCUUUCCCAUGUCUGAGUUUUUUUAUCAAUAGUAAAAUUUCUGGGUCCUGAAGCCAGUUAUUGUUUCUUCUGUUUUUGUUAUAUUUGUUGUUGUUGUUAUGGCUAGUUCAAGCACUGAAGCAUCCUCAGCUUCAAGCACUCUGGGAAGCUCGAGCUCAUCGGAGGAUUUUCAGAAGAUUAUGGAUGAAAGGAAGCGCAAGAGAAUGGUGUCCAACAGGGAAUCUGCACGUCGGUCACGGAUGCGUAAACAGAAUCACCUGGAUGAACUGAUGGGCCAAGCUUCGGAGCUCACCAAGCACAACAACCAGAUCCUGGCAAGCAUCGAUGUCACCUCCCAACUUUACUUGAAGGUUGAGGCUGAGAACUCCGUCCUUAGAGCUCAAAUGAGUGAGCUCACUACCAGGUUGCAAUCUCUCAAUGAAAUCACUGAUUUCAUAAACUCGAGCGAUGGGGUUCUUGAAAGUGACAACUUUGACCAGUCUGCCCAUUAUCAUCCUCAUCGUCAGAUCAAUGAUGAUGCUUUCAUGAAUCCAUGGAAUUCAUUCGCUGUUAAUCAACUAUUCAUUGCUUCUGCUGAUAUGAUUAUGUAUUGAUUAAUGAGUUGUUUGUUGUGUACCGUAGCUUUCUUGUUGCUAUUAAUGUUACCCUUGUAUC